UCUCACAUUUUGGCAGAGGUCUUGGCUGUGGCACUGAUAUUGUUAUUAAUGUGUGUGUCGGUAUGUGUGUGGCACAGGAGGUUGCCGAGGGGAGGACGGCUCAUAAUAAUGGCCGGAAUGCAGUCAAUGGAAAGGCAUCAAACACCUGGAAACCAUGGAAACCAUGUGUUUGAUGUAUUUGAUACCAUUCCACUGAUUCAGCUCCAGUCAUUACCACGAGCCCAUCCUCCCCAAUUAUGGUGCUACCAACCUCCUGUGGUGAAUGUUUAUUAAAAACCAGCUGUGUGAAUAGUGAUUUGGUGUGUGUGUGUGUCUGUCGGUUGUAUCACUGCCCGGUACGGCAACUGCACUGUCCACAACCGAAAGGCUCUUCAGAGAGUGGUGCAGUCAGCCCAACGCAUCACCGGGGCCACACUGCCUGCCCUUCAGGACAUCUACAGCACCCGGUGUUACAGGAAGGCCAAGAAGAUCAUCAAGGACCUCAGCCACCCGAGCCACAUCCUGUUCACCCAGCUACCAUCCAGAAAGAGGAGACGGCACAGGCUAGCGGUGCCCCCUACAAGCUGCAGCUGUACGGGAAGGGAGACUUGGCAGGCCAGGCGUUCGAGGCCACCGAGGACUGCCCCUCCGUGCUGGAGAAGUUCCACUGGCGCGAGGUGCACUCCUGCAAGGUGCUGGGAGGCUGGUGGGUCUUCUACGAGCACCCCGACUACAAGGGCCGUCAGUAUCUCCUGGAGAAGGGCGAGUACCGCAAUCCCACAGACUGGGGCGCGGUGUGUCCCAACGUCCAGUCCUUCAGACGCCUCACUGAGUAACCAGGGUCUAGAGGUGUCCCCCUCUCGCCCAACCAAUCGGAUCCCUCCUGCCCAAUGCUCGAUCACGUCAUCUACUACCGUUCUUAACACCAACCCAAGAGAUGGACCUAACACUGAGCCAUGGCCACCAGCUAAACCCUGACUGGCAAGCAGCUGACGAGUUGUGUUUUUAUUGUGUGUUUGGUGUAAGUCUGAUAAUGUCUAAUACAGCCCACAACCAAUGGACAAGAACCUCUCUGCAGUCACUCUGCGUCAAACCAACUCUAGAGCCUAAACUGUAAAACAAGACUUUUAUAUUUUUGAUGUGUUUCAUUUGAUCAUAGCCAGUGAUAGAUAUGGUAUAACAAUAACUUGUCAGUUCAUAACAUUUCGUAUUAGGAAUAAAUACAUUUGGUAAUAAUAACUCUACUUCAUGUUAUCUUAGUAUUAAAUAAACAGUAACCCAGGGCA